AUGCUCUGGGCCUCUUCGUUGAAACCCCUUAAGAAGGCUGGCGUCAUUCUUCUCUUUUCUGGCGGCGUUUUCGUAACCGCGGCAGGCAUCUUGCGUUGCAUACUGAUCAUCACUGUCUGGACCCCCACCAACUCUAAUGACAUGAAAACAAUUGCUGAUGCAAAUGUGCCAUUACAGGACCCAGUCAAUGGUGCCCAAAAGGCAGGGUCGUGGGCCGUCCGAGAAACAUUUGUCGCUGUGGUCACCUCCAACCUGCCCAUCCUCUCGUCCCUCAUCGCUCGUUGUUUCUGCCCAAUCAUCGGCAGCCUCCGAUCACUCUCCUCUUCCGCAAACAGAGCAGCGAGGUUGUCCCAAAACGGAGACGUGAAGCUGCGAGGCUUUAUCAUCGAGAACAAGAACCCGCGGCGUGGGAUGGGCCCCCGGAGCGUUAAUCCUAUCCCCAACUUCUCGGGACACGACAGCGAAGAGAACAUAUACACCCGCAACGACGAGGGCGGCGGCGGUGGCGGCACGGCCUCUUACGACAUAGACCUUGAGUCAGCCCGCACGACGAGUGUCAGGCUCGGCGUGAUUGUGAAACAGACGUCGAUAGAGGUGAUUGAGACGUUGAAUCUCGGGGGCGAGGCGAGCGGGCAAGAUGUCGGGGACUACUAUCUCGUGACGCAAUCACAGAGAGAGGCUGAAAUAUUGGCGAGGAAGCCAAGCGCUGGGAAACGGAGGCGGUCGAGUUCGGCGUUUGGAAUUGGAAGAGCUGCUUGA